UAUGAACGUUGAAACGAAAUUAGGAGGAGAUUUAUUAUGUGAACCACAUCAAUUACUGUUCCAAUAUACUUCUGGAAAUUUGUGCGUUUUAAUUGAGGAUGUAAAAGGAAUUGGUUGGAAAUCGAAAGUUUCUUCGCAACAAAUUCCAGAGGACCAUGUAUGGAAUGCUCCGUAUAGCUUAAAUUGUUCAUUCACAUUUGAACAACUCAAUUAUUCAGCCGGUGCUACUCAUUCUCCUUUAUCAUGCGCUCUUCAUAUCUAUCAGGUUGACGGAGACCAACAGACUCUGUUUAUCUCAACCGAAUCCAGGAAAUCACCAAGAACGGCUAUCCUAUCUUCAAAUGGUCAUUUAAUAAAUAAUUUUAGGCUAUCAGCAACAACAAAGAAGCAUCUUUGUAGCUUGUUGGAUGUACCACAACCAAGGGGUAACGAUUGGAGGAUGUUAGCGCAAAGAUUAGCAGUUGACAGAUAUGCCACCUAUUUUACAAAUAAAAUAAGCCCAACAGAGCAAAUUUUACAAUUAUGGGAAGCCCGCCAAACCGAUACAAAUUCAGUUGGUGAAUUAAUGAACUGUUUAAGAGUUAUGGGACGAACUGAUGCAGCCGCCUUAAUAGAAAAAGAGGCUGGAGCGUGGCUGUAA